CCCGGAAGAAGGAUCGGGGAGCGGAGACUUCCUGCAUAGGCGUUUGUUCUCUGCUGAUUGAGACGUAAAGGGGCGUCCCGUGACGUCACCAGCUACUGCCGCUGCCUACAGAGCACGGCUGGUGGUUGCUAUUCACGACGGAGAUGCGUUGGUUGUAGUGUUGCCUGUCACUUCCUGUCCUAAUACCAGUGGGAUCGAUGCCGGAGUGCGGGCCAUGUGGAACUGAGCCGGUCACUGCCAUCAGCAUGGAAGGGAUACUGUACAAAUGGACCAAUUAUCUGAGCGGCUGGCAGCCCCGUUGGUUUCUUUUGUGUGGAGGAAUCCUUUCUUAUUAUGACUCCCGGGAAGAUGCAUGGAAAGGGUGUAAGGGAAGUAUUCAGAUGGCUGUCUGUGAAAUUCAAGUUCAUCCUACAGAUAGCACACGGAUGGACCUGGCUAUCCCUGGAGAGCAGUACUUCUAUCUGAAAGCCAGGACAGCAGCAGAGCGACAGCAGUGGCUGGUGGCACUGGGGUCUGCAAAGGCUUGUAUAACUGACAUAAGAACAAAGAAAGAGAAGGUGUUUAAUGAUGGCACAGAGGCUCUGAAAACGAAGAUGUCUGAACUAAGGCUGUAUUGUGAUAUCUUAGUCCAGCAAGUGAACAAAUCAAAGGAAACAUCUACUCUUAGCUCCUUGGAUCCCCCGGAUAAACUUAAUAUGGGAGCCCUUUUGAAGUCAACCUGCAAUACGUUCUUGAAAACACUUGAGGAGUGUAUGCAGAUUGCAAACAACACCUUCACAUCUACUCUGGUGUACGGCACACCCCCUGGAUCUCCUCACCUCUCCAUUCUCCGGCCCAACAAGGUACGCCGUUCUAGUAGCCAAAUCUCGGCACAAAGGAAGAUGGAACUAAACAACAACCUGGAAAAUGGCCCCUUAAAAGGGGAAAACAAUCAUCAUGACCAUUCUCCAAUUGAAAACAUCCGCAUACUCGGUAUGGAAAUGUCAGAAUCAGUUCCAUUGACUUCUCAGGAUCCAGAAACACAUAAGGACAGCGCAGGUGCUGAAAGUUCAUUGGAUAACGUUUCCUCGGACAGCUCAAUUGUCUGCGAUCUACAGGAUGAAACAGACCCACAUGCCAGUCUACCUGCAGUCAGCGAUACAUUGCAGCAGGAUAAAGGAGGAGGGACAUCGGAUGAAGGUGGAGGAGGUACAGAGGCAGAGCUGCCUCCAACAUUUUUCAGCACAAUGACUCACAGAUUCAGUGAUCUUGUGUAUGAAGGUGAAGAUGGCAUUCCAACAGAAUUCUUCCUGGAUUCCUGUUACGCUAUAGUCCCUGUUCUAGAUAAGCUCGGGCCAACAGUGUUUGCACCGGUAAAAAUGGAUUUUGUUGGGAACAUAAAGAAAAUAAAUCAGAAAUACAUCACUAAUAAAGAGGGGCUCACAACACUACAAAAGAUUGUUCUCCAUGAAGUAAAUGCCAACUUGGCACAAGUGCGCAACUCUGCAACUGAGGCCCUGUUGUGGCUGAAGAGGGGACUCAAGUUUUUAUUUCAGUUCCUUACUGAAGUGAAUAAUGGUGAAAACAAUAUUCAGACAGCAUUAGGUAAUGCCUAUGGUAAAACACUGAGACAAUAUCACGGCUGGGUGGUACGAGGUGUAUUUGCGCUGGCUUUAAGGGCGGCUCCAUCGUAUGAAGGGUUUAUGACUGCUCUCAGCGUAAAUGAAGGAGAUGAAAAAGACAAGUUUUUCUUUGCUGCAAUGUUGAGAGACCUUACCAUAUACCUGCCAGCUAUGGAAAAGCAGCUAACCAUUUUGGACACUUUAUAUGAAGAACAUGGCUUGGAUUCUGAUGAAGUAGUAUGACCGAGGCACAAGCUCUUACAAUGCAGGGAUUUGGCAUCUUAAUUUAUUACAGAGAACGUUAUUACAAAAGAUGCAUAGACCACAUAUAUGACGUGCAAAUCAUAGAGAACUAAGGGCUUUCUAUGGGAGCCCCUAGCAUUUUAUGCACAAUCAGAUUUUCUAUUGACAGUCUUCUAAAGUACUUAUUCUCCUUCUAGAGGUAUCUGACAAGCAGCCAUUAUGGACAUCCAGUCUGCAGGAUUCCUCGGAUGGUUAUUUAUAUACUGAAUACCGUUUUUUGCUCUAUGUACAAAUGAUUUUUUUUUAAUAAUGAGGCGGCUUUGAAGUCUUGACCAGUGUAUGUGGGAAGGAGAAUACUUUAAAGCCAAUUUGGGAAAAGUGGUGCAAUUUCAGAUGAAACCGAUUGUGACCGGUGGCUUUGAGCAGUAGCUCCAUUUUUCUCCAGGCUUCUUUUACAAGUUUUUCGUGGCUUGCUGGAUCUCCGAACACAGAAUGCAGCUUGUUUUCUUCCAUCUUACAAAAAGGCAAAUUCUUUGAUCUUCUGCAACUUCUAGGUCAGCCAGACAGUCACAGCUUACCUACCUCUGGCAAAAUCCAUUACUUAUCAGGGAUCAUGCAACGGAACAGCAGUUAACGGAUCCUUUUUUUGUUGGGUCGUGAUGUUCAGGACAUUGUGUCUACAGCUUUGUUGUCUAUAGCAUGUGCUAUAGCAGCUACAGUAUAUUUGCUUCUGUCUUUAAUAAAUGGAACGUAG